CGAGGAGGAGCCGCGGUGGCGGCGGCGGCUGCACUGGUUGCUUUGCUGUUGAAAACCUAAUCUAGUUCCCUCAGUCCUCUAGACUCCAUGCUGUGAGACAAGGAGGAGUUUGGAACUCUGAAAUGAAGAUGGAGGCGGUGGGAAAAGUAGAAGAACUCAUUGAUUCAGAAGUCUCACCAAAACUCCCUGAAAAACAAGAGGCAGCUCCUGGUGAAGAUGGACCUAUAGAACUAGACACAUGUGCUCAGAAAGAUGGUGUGCCCAUUGUAGCAGAUUCUGUGGUGCUCUCCUCAAUGCCAUGCUUACUGAUGGAACUGAGACGGGACUCCUCGGAGUCUCAGUUAGCCUCUACAGAGAGUGAUAAGCCAACAGCAGGCCAAAUUUAUGAGAGUGACUCUUCUAAUCACUGCAUGCUUUCCCCUUCUUCCAGUGGGCAUUUGGCUGAUUCAGAUACGCUGUCUUCCGCAGAAGAGAAUGAGCCCUGUCAGGCUGAAGCUCCUGUAGAGGGAGACCCUUCUGGAGUUUCUGGGGCUGCAGUUGGGAGAAAAUCCAGACGAUCCAGGUCUGAAAGUGAAACAUCAACUAUGGCUGCCAAGAAAAAUCGACAGUCUAGUGAUAAGCAGAAUGGACGAGUCACCAAGGUAAAAGGUCAUCGGAGCCAAAAGCACAAAGAAAGAAUCCGGUUAUUAAGACAGAAACGGGAGGCAGCUGCUCGCAAGAAAUACAACCUGCUGCAGGACAGCAGUACCAGUGAUAGUGACCUGACCUGUGACUCAAGCACGAGUUCAUCAGAAGAUGAUGAAGAGGUUUCAGGGAGCAGCAAGACAAUCACUGCAGAGAUACCAGCUGGCUACAGUCGUGCUGGGGGAUCUGGAGGAGCGACCAGGGAAAUUCCAGGAUUGCUUGACAGGGGCACCGUGUGGGAUAGGAACUGCAUAGGCAAUGUCCUGGAAGAGGCCAUGAACUGCUUUGCCGAGAUGCAGAGGCAGACAGAGGAGAAAUUUCGCAUGUGGAUAGAAAAGCUAACCCGUCUUGACACAGAUGAAGAAAGCAAGCAACAACUGGAGCCCAGGGAACCUAAAAUGCAACUAGUUGGCCAAAGAAUUCCCCCUACCACACAGUCAGGGGCAUACAUGCAGAUGCCUGAUAGCCAAGUACUUCCACAGCAGUCCUUUAAUUCUUAUGUGAGCUAUCAAAAUGUUGACACUACAUUAGAGUUUCCAGCAACUUUUAAUAACAAUUUUCCAGCUGUGUUUCCAGAGAAUGGGAAUAUUGCAGAGCAUGAUUUGAAUCAAUCAAAAACUUAGUCUUUAAAAUCUUGACAUUACCUUGUACUGUGCUAAGAACAAAAUUUGCUUUUCUCCAUGCAAGUA